CUCGACUCCACUCCAUCACACCCCACUCUACCAAAUGCUGUCGUUGACGAGGCCAGUGGUGUCCAAGGCCACAGAUGCCUCGGCCACCCGGGCCCUCUUCUCCAGUCCAUGGAAAGGCGGAUCCUUGACAGCACCUAAGAUGAAUCGCUUACCUCGCUUGCUCCAGCACUCAUUUCCUCAUACCUCCUCGUCCAGGUUCAUUUCAACGACUCAUCCCACCUUUCGACCGGCUGCCUCCCCUCCUUCCGCUUCUUCUUCGCUCCCCCCUCAGCCUCACCCACUCGGCGCAUCCCUUUGAAGGUGUCUGUCCCCCUUAUCACUCUCGCCACAGGUGCUGUGCUGUAUGGCAUGAGCGAUUCGUUCAAACACAGAGCCCUCGCCUUUCGGAGGGUUCUACUUGCAGCCGAAGCGGUCGUUGUGACCGGCUACGAUUACAAGUUAUCGCUUGGCCACGGAAAUCGGGACUUGAAAGCCGACGAUCCCGAGGAUGAACUCGAGCGACGGAGACGCAAAAGCAGGCUGCACAAGAGGAGUGCUGAGCGAGUCAUGGCCAUGAUGCGCGAAAACGGGGGGAUCUACAUCAAACUGGGCCAACACCUCGCCAGUUUAAAGUAUCUGCUACCAGAGGAAUGGACAAGGACCAUGGAACCCCUUCAGGACCGCUGUGCACCUUCGUCCAUCGAAUCCAUUCAGGCUCUCUUUCUUUUUGAUCUCGGUCAGCCACUCUCUGAAGUCUUUUCGUCAUUUGACCUUAACCCAAUUGGCGUGGCCUCACUCGCCCAGGUCCACAGAGCGGUGCUCAAGGAUGGCCGCGAGGUAGCUGUCAAGAUCCAGCACCCGGCUUUAAAUGAGUUCUCAGAGAUCGACAUGAAGACUAUUGAAGCUCUCGCACGUUUCAUCGCCUAUGCUUUCCCAGAGUUCGAAUUCCUUUGGCUGAGCGAAGAGAUUCAGGACAACCUGCCAAAGGAACUCGACUUUCGAUUCGAGGCCAUUAAUGCACAGCGCACAGCCUUUAAUUUUGAUCAGGCCCGUGCUCAGGGGAGUCCUUCAACUGUCAAGAUUCCGGAUGUGCUUUGGGCCCAGAAGCGCGUCUUGGUCAUGGAGUUCAUGGAUGGGUCCAGGAUCGAUAAUGUCGAGUAUUUGAAAGCGAACAACAUCAAGGUCGCCGAUGUUUCCAAGGAGAUGGCCCGUACGUUCUCCCAAAUGAUCUACAAGGACGGUUUCCUGCACUGCGAUCCUCAUCCAGGCAACCUGAUGAUCCGUCCCAAGCCUGCAGGAUCACCCUCCCAUCGCAACUUUGAGAUCAUCUUGCUGGACCAUGGGCUCUACCGCGAGCUCCCUCUGAACUUCCGUCUCGAAUAUGCACGACUUUGGACAGCCAUUAUGGCUUCGGAUCAAGAAGAGAUCAAGCGCAGAGCCUUGAACCUCGGCGGCAUUGACGCAUAUGAGUUAUUCGCCUGUAUCUUGACCGGUCGCGAUUGGGACGUGAUCCAGGACGCGCAGUUGACGAAGAAGGUACGAAACAAGGCAGAGACGUCCAAGAUUUCGAAGGGCGCUGGUAAUUGGUUGGUCGAGAUUGCGGAUAUUUUGGCCAAAGUACCACGCGAUCUGUUGCUGUUGUUCAAGACUAAUGAUCUCCUUCGAGCUCUGGACGAGGAUUUGGGCGCGGACGACGGAGCGCAGAUGAGAACGUUUGCGGUUAUGGGACAGUACUGUGCACAGAUUAUUUAUGAGGUGGAGAAGAGUGACAUUCGUAAAGAUGUUGCUUUGAGUGGUAGCAGCAAGCCGAUUGUAUUGGUCAAGUCGUUUAGUGCUUGGUGUAAGGCGUACUGGCAGUUUAUCUUCAAGACAAUUUCUCUAGAUGUGUUUGUUUGGUGGGUGGAUCAGAGCCAGGCGAACACAUUGGUUUACUGGUUUGUCUCCAAGCUUGGAUUGUCCAUUAUCUAGAUAUCAUAUCAACUAGAGCAUACAAAAAAAACAAAAAUUAGACUACAAUACCACUUUUUAGACACUUGUUCAGAAACGUC